AUGGAGAACAUUUCCAACCCUGGUGUCUUUGCGCCGCCGCUGUGCGAUGACUCAGUUGACUUCUACACUCUGUCCUCGGGUAACCGCACCAAUCUGAACUGCACCCCUCCGUCCGAGUUUUACUUCUAUGCUGACCUCUACGUCAUCUUGCCCAUCAUCUACUCAGUCAUCUGCGCCGUCGGUCUGACUGGCAAUACAGCCGUCAUUUAUGUGAUCCUCAAAGCGCCUAAGAUGAAGACGGUCACCAACAUGUUCAUCCUCAACCUGGCCAUUGCUGAUGAUUUGUUCACGUUGGUUCUCCCCAUAAGCAUUGCCGAGCACCUGCUGCACUACUGGCCUUUCGGGGAGGUUUUGUGCAAAAUUAUCCUUAGCAUCGACCAUUACAAUAUAUUCUCCAGCAUUUACUUUCUGACUGUGAUGAGCGUGGACCGCUACCUGGUGGUCCUGGCCACUGUUAAGUCCAAGCGCAUGCCGUACCGCACCUACCGGGCAGCCAAGAUCAUUUCUCUGUGCGUUUGGGUUCUAGUCAUCCUCAUCGUAACGCCUUUUAGCAUUUUUGCCGGCGUCUACACCGAGGAUGACAGGAAGACCUGCGUGCUCAGCUUCCCAGCACCGGAGAGCUUGUGGUUCAAAGCUAGCCGCAUCUACACUCUUAUCCUGGGCUUUGCCAUCCCAGUGUCCACCAUUUGCAUCUUGUACACCAUGAUGUUAUACAAGCUGAGGAACAUGCGCCUCAAUAGCAACGCCAAAGCGCUUGACAAAGCCAAGAAGAAAGUCACCAUCAUGGUCUUCAUUGUCUUGGCUGUUUGUUUGUUCUGCUGGACACCGUUCCACCUCAGUACUAUUGUGGCACUGACCAACGACCUGAGGACCACACCCCUGCUCAUUGGGAUCUCCUACUUCAUCACCAGCCUCAGUUACGCCAACUCCUGCCUCAACCCAUUUCUCUAUGCCUUCCUAGAUGAUAGUUUUAGGAAGGCCUUCAAGAAAAUGCUGGAAUGUAGGCCUGCCUGA